AUGGAGCAGGAAAAUGUGAGUUGGGGAGGCGAUGAAACAGGUCUGAGUUUGCAAAAUGGAGCGGUUGAGAACAGUAACCUCGGAUCAGCAGUUUGGCUCAAUUGGCAAUUUUUACCGAAUGAGGAAUUUGCUUUGGAAUUGUUCGAUGCCUUGAGCAGAAGGAGACGGCUGAAAGUGGACAAAAUCAAAUGGAGUCAAUGUUCAUUAGUGGAGUCCAGUUUUCAGAAAUAUGGUGUUUUCCAGUUUGCGAGUGGAGGAGAAGAAGAAGCUUUAAUUACUAAGACGAACCUUCCAAAACCACGAGACUCUCGACUAGCCAACUUUGCUGAGGCUCUAGCCGGAAAAUUCCCGGGUGAUCUCAAGGUUGUUUUGGGGGUUAAUACAUUUGGUGGUAAUCCUGUCGGCUGGCCAUGCUGUUGUCACUGA